UUCAUUUACCACACUCAAAACUUUUCCUUUCCUAUAUAAACACCACAAAAACCCAAGUCUCUUACCACAAAUAACUCAAAACCUUUUACCCAAAAACCAAAAUCUAUACACUACUUAGUUUUGCUAUAUAGUACUUUCUUUCUUUUGGCCCUUUGAGAGAAAUGGCAAUGUCCUUAGCUAUGAAGCUCACCACUUGUGUGGUACUCAUGUGCAUGGUUGUUGGUGCACCGCUAGCCCAAGCCAUAACAUGUGGCCAAGUGGCUAGCUCGGUAGCACCAUGCAUCCCCUACUUGAGAUCUGGGGGUGCUGUCCCGACGGGAUGCUGUAAUGGGGUUCGGAGCCUAAAUAGUCAGGCUUCGAACACAGCAAACCGUCAGGCUGUGUGCAAGUGCUUGGUUAGUGCUGCAGGCAAUUUUCCCGGACUUAAACCUAAUCUCGUUUCUGGCCUCCCUUCGGCUUGUGGGGUUUCCCUUCCUUUUAAAAUCAGCACCUCCACCAACUGCAACAGCAUCAAGUGAAUGAAGGUUUAGAAAGAAAGAGAGAGUAUUAAUAAUAAAGUGAUCCAUAUAGAGAACAAGACCAACCUUUUUAAGUUUGUCUUUUUCUUUUAUUAUUAAUUUUUAUAUAUUAUUAUGAUCAUCCUUAAUUAGUGUGUGUGUUUUGUUAAUGUAGCACCUUUCAAUGUGUACUACUACUUCGUUAUUAACUUAAUUAUAAAAAUAAAAUUUAUUAAGAGAUUUGUGUACCAA